AUGCGUGAAAUUGCAGUGGGGGAAACUGAUGCUACUGUUCUCAUGGAUAAAGGCUGUAUCAUAAGCAGUGAGGUGCCUAAAGGCUUUGGAGCUAUGUUUAACACAGCAAAGAACCUCAAGAAGCCCAUCCAGCAGGUGGUGGUGGAAAUGACAGGCUUUGGUGUAUACUUUGCCUCUGAGGCCACGGGAAUCACUGGUACUAUGGUUUUUAGGUGCAGAGCAGCCAUACUCUGGAAGCCUGGUGUACAAUUUUCCAUCGAGGAGAUAGAAGUGGCCCCACCAAAGGCAAAGGAAGUUCGCAUAAAGAUAAUGGCCACAGGUCUCUGUGGUUCAGAGAUGAAAACGUUGGAGAAUAAAACCUAUCACUACCAUUAUCCUAUCAUUAUGGGCCAUGAAGCAGCUGGAAUAGUUGAGAGUGUGGGAGGAGUGAGCACAGUGAAAACAGGAGAUAAAGUUAUCACACUCUUUCCUGCUUGUGGAGAAUGUGCCUCUUGCCUUAAUCCUGGGGACAAUCUUUGUAUACAAAAAAAAUUUGGGGGUUUUUUGUCUAUGUCUGAUGGGACUAGGAGGUUUACCUUCAAGGGAAAACCAGUGUAUCACUUUGCAAAUACAAGCACCUUCUCUGAAUACACAGUGAUAAAAGAAAUCUCGGUUGCCAAGAUUGAUGCAGUUGCACUUCUGGAGAAAGUAUGCCUAGUUAGCUGUGGUUUUUCCACUGGGUAUGGUGCUGCAAUCAAUACUCCAAAGGUGACCCCAGGCUCCACCUGUGCGGUGUUUGGCCUUGGAGGGGUUGGCCUGUCUGUGAUCAUAGGCUGUAAAGCAACGGGAGCAGCCAGGAUCAUUGGGGUGCACAUCAACAAAGACAAAUUUGAGAAGGCAAAAGAAGUCGGUGCCACUGAGUGCAUCAACCCACAGGACUUCAAGAAACGCAUCCAAGAAGUUUUAUUUGAUAUGACAGGUACUGGUGUGGAAUUUUGCUUUGAGGCCAUCGGAAAUCCAGAAACUGUGGAAGAUGCCCUGGCCUCCUGCAAUGAGAGCCAGGUCUGUGUGAUUGUUGGGCUCUUGGCAGGUGUCCAACUCAACAUCAGUGGCUUGUUGUUCCUCUCAGGAUGUUCUUUGAAGGGAACUGUUUUUGGAGGUAUGGAUGAAGCAGGGAAAAGUGGAAAUGCAUGA